AUGGCAGUUAAACCGGCGUUUCAGGUGAUUGUCUUGGGCCCUAAUGGAGGACCUCGCGAAGACAAGGUGACUGGUCUACUGGUACGAUCGACUUCAACAAAUUGGUCUCCUGGUUCAGUGGUUGCAGUCGAUGCAGGUACUCUUCUGGCCGGUAUCAUACGCCUAAUCCAGGAGUUCAUGGUCAAAGGGAGGGAUAAAAAGGGCGCGAUGAGAGCGGGUCCCUUCGCGGGCCUCCCCCUGCCCUUUGAGACCGCCGAGGCCAACGCAGCACAUGUAUUCCGUGAGAUUAUUGGCGCGGUUCUUAUCACGCAUCCCCACCUAGAUCAUAUCUCCGGUCUGGCGAUUAAUACACCGAUCCUGGAGGCGGGAAGUGGGCCAAAGCCUGUUGCUGCCUUGCCCUCUGCCCUAUCCGCCAUCAAAAAUCACUUGUUUAACGAUGUUAUCUGGCCAAAUUUGUCCGAUGAAGAUGGUGGAGCUGGUCUACUCACCUAUCAGCGUUUGGUUGAAGGUGGAAAUCCCCGAUUUGGCAGUGGUGAGGCCAGAGGCUACGUUCGUGCCUGCAAUGGCAUAGUCACCAAGUGUCUGAGUGUCAGUCAUGGUCACUGUAUGCAGCGAUUUAAUCCUGCAACUGGCAGGCAUCAUAGAGCUGACAGUACGGUGUUUGCCUCUGAUCAAUUGAUGCUUCCUCCUCGGAAUCUGUCUUUGGAAAAUGUGGAGGCUGGCUUCUACUCCCCUGUCAGAACCCCACUCAACAUCCAACCAGCUCCCAAGGAGCCAUUAAUGGCAAGGGUAGAGAGCUCCGCAUUUUUCUUGCGCGAUGACAAAACUGGAAAGGAAAUCAUCAUAUUUGGAGAUGUCGAGCCAGACUCGGUAUCUCUUGAUCCACACAAUAAACGCGUCUGGAGAACCGCCGCGCCAAAAGUCGCCUCUGGUACACUCCAAGCAAUAUUCAUCGAAUGUUCAUAUAAUGACAGUGUCGAUGACGCCUACCUAUACGGCCACCUGUGCCCACGCCAUCUAAUCGCCGAGCUAAAAGUCCUCGCCGCACAAGUCAUGGAACAACGCGAUCGAACCGCAGAGCGAAAAAGAAAGCGAGAGCAAGACAGCAAGGGCGAACUCAGCUUGGAGGAAGUAAGUCCACGCACAAAACGAAUGCAGAAAUCACGUACAAACUCCGUCGCUGUUGCAUCGAGAGAAUAUCGAACACAGCGCGCUGCGUCUGGUUCCUGGAGUAAAAGUGCCCCUCCAGAAGUUAUGAUUCAAAUUGAGGAUCUGGAAGACCCAGAUCCUGAUCAGUGGGCUGAUGCAAUUCCUCUCCCAUUGCACGACUUUUCGGUCUACAUCAUUCAUAUUAAGGAGUAUCUUACAGAUGGGCCGCCUCCAGGCGAUCGCAUUAUAAGUGAACUCAGGGCUCAUGCCAAGGAAGCGAAUUUGGGCUGUGAAUUUUUCCUACCAGAUCCUGCUGAGCCUAUCUGGUUAUGA